GCUGAGAAUGGCAGGAGCAUGACGUUUACGCGCCUUCUGACCGCGGCCGCGAGGACCGUAGCCGCUCUCGGGACGUCACUGCGGCAAGUGCGUGCGUGUUCGAGCGUCUCGAGCGUCUCGAGCGAGCGCGCGAGGGGCACAAACAUGGACCUGAGCAACAUGAGGAAGACGUACAGGGCAGAGAGCGAGUGUUUUGUAGAAAACCAGCUGGUGUCCCUGGACCCCAUAAAGCAGUUUGCUGACUGGUUUGACCAGGCUACCAAAUGUCCCGAUAUUGGAGAAGCUAACGCCAUGUGUCUUGCUACGUGCACAAAAGAUGGGGUACCGUCCGCUCGCAUGGUGCUGCUGAAAGGCUUCAGCCGCGAGGGUUUCUGCUUCUUCACCAACUAUGAGAGCCGCAAGGGAGCAGAGCUGGAGAGUAAUCCACUGGCUUGCCUUGUGUUCUACUGGGAGCCCUUAAACAAACAGGUCCGCAUCGAGGGCACAGUGGAGCGCAUCCCCUACCAGAGCUCCCGUGAGUACUUCCAUUCGCGGCCCAAGAGCAGCCAGAUCGGUGCCGUCGUGAGCCGACAGAGCACCGUCAUCCCCGACAGAGAGUACCUUAGGCAGAAGAAUGCCGAGCUGGAGGAGAAGUACAAAGACACGGAGGUCCCCAUGCCAAAAUACUGGGGUGGCUACAUGGUAAAGCCCCACGCCAUCGAGUUCUGGCAGGGACAGACUACCAGGCUGCACGACCGCAUUGUCUUCCUGCGAUCCAAGGAGGGCGCCACGCUGGGUGACAUGCAGCACCAGGCCGAGGGUGGCUGGGUGUAUCAGCGACUGUCGCCCUGAGCACAACGUGGACAGUCCGCCAGGCCGAGGACGGAACACAGAAUCUCACUCCGUCAAGGCCCACUCAUGUGUUUACGUUAUGACACGUGUGUAACACGCUUCUUGUAUGUUGAGUAGAAACAUCUACUGUAGGGAAAAAAAAAAAAAAAGAUGCCCUGGUUUCAGGAGUUCUUUGGGUUCUUUUUCAAAAGCAGUUAUCCAGGUUUUCUUGGACUUAUAAAAGGAUUUUAGGAACAGCUACUUAUUGGUUUACUGUGUUCUGACUUAAUAAGGAGCAGCCCCACAAGCAAGGGAAAAUAUCAAACUUAAUUUGCACACUGGAUUGACUCAUGUUGGUUUACAUCCCUUUUCAGAUUACAUGCAGAAUAUAGCUGAACUGAUACAUUAAUAAGAACAGCCAUCUGCUGCUGAAUAACAUCAUAGUGUAAAAAUAUAGAGCUGCCAGCAUUAUAAAAGCAUAUGGCCUAAAAAUAAAAACAAAAGCUGGAUCAAUGGCAA